GUGGAGGUGGAGCCCUUCUGAUAUGUCAGGUGUCAACCAAAAUGGAAAAGACAGCCGAGGACUAGAAGAUGAACGUCCAACAUCCAAACCUACUACAUCCUCUUUUCCACUAGCGCUAAAUAAAGACAACUCGAAUAAAAGAAACACUUCUAGCAGCACCGGCUCCUCGACAACCAUCUCGUCAAAAGACCUGCCGAAACUCGAUGUCAUCCGUCGUGAGAGUUCUCAAAUGCGCGUUGACGUCGCAUACAAAACAGGCGUUUCAGACGGUCUCUUGACCUGUGACAUGAGGCUCCUUUUCCAUCCGCCAGAACAUCAAUCGUCCUCUAGUACAACUAGUAGCGGUUCUCCAUCAGGACCACUUCGGGCUUUGCAUCUAGGAGGCAUUUUGGUCGGCGCAAAUCUGGAUAAGAAUACCGGAAAAGUGGAUCCACCGUUUGGGAAAGAAGGGAAGAGGAUACAAGGUUCUCUAAGUUCUGCAAGUACAUCAUCAACCUCUUCGAAAGAAGUGAAAGAAAACCCCUACAUCCUCUUAACUGGUACAUCCACAGUUGGGGAAUUUCUCUAUCCGCCAGAACGAGACUGGUCUCUGUGGACUGUGGUGCAGCGUAUCAUUUUUAGAGCGAGACAUGGAGAAGACCAAGAAGAGGAAAAGAAAGAACCGGCGUCGUCUGCCACAUCUUCACUGAAAUUAAGGCUACCUCCGCGUCCGCUGAAGCGUCGUCCUCAACUAAACUAAAGACAUUCUCUUUGAAGAUGAAGACAACUCAGUCUCGUCAGUCCCAGGGACAACUUGUUACAAACAGAUACAUACUUGAAAAAGAACUCAGUCUCAGGCUCAGGGACAACUUGUUUUUACACACAGAUUAUACAUACUUACUUGAAAAAGGAGCUUAGGAAAUAAGAUGGUUUCUUUCAUCAGCGCUAAUUGAAUCAGCUCCAUCACCAGAGCAAAAUUGCAAUUUCGAGAUGAAGUUACGGAACAAGAAGCAACAUACAGGGGAUAUGGCUCAGUUUACAGGGAUUCUAGAGUCGGUGGAGUGUGGAAUCCGCAUCAAAAUGCUAUGGCGGAAGGUGGAUGUGACUGCGGCGAGCACGAAGAGUUGGAAUCUCUGCUUUUUGCUCAAUCUGCUUACAUUUAAGGCUUAUAUUCUAUAGUUAGUAGUACCCCUAACCCUAUCAGAUUCAGAUAGUAUCUGUACUCAAGGAGGACGAGGACUUGUCGGUUGUCUACUUUCUUCAUAAGCAUGCAUAGGCUCUUCACACUCGGACUACCAUCAUAUUCAGCAUAGGCUCGAACUACCAUCAUGAUGAACCAUGAGCAUCGCUUCUUCAGAAGCAUGCAUAGCCUCUUCACACUAGGCCUACCAUCAUGAUGAACCAUAACCAUCCAUCGCUCCUGUCGUUUUUUUCUUGUCUUCUAAUCCGCUAUUCGAAAUGAGCUACUGGGUGUACCAAAUGCAAAGCAGCAACGCUCAGGCUGCCAGAGAAGAACAGUCUCGACCAGAGCAAGUGCAGCUUUCUCUCAUUUUCGCUCUGUCCCUCCACACCAUGACCGAAACUUUUCUCUACUUCGUCUUUUCCGCUAGAGUUAAGGCUUCCCCUAGUCCAGCUUCCUUGCCAUCCUGGAGAGGCUUCUGAAAGGGAAAAGAGGCCCCGGAUGUAUCUUAGGAUGUUACUACUUAGAUUAGUUCUACUUCUAAUAGAUGUUUGCCGUCAAACACUGAGUUGUUCAACAACUUCUGUGUGGUCAUCUUUUUGAAAUUUUUGCUCUUCGCUAGUAUGGAGAUGCGCUAUCUUUUGACUUUGUGGCGGACUAGGAGGGAACCAGUCACCGCAGAUCCAGUGGAGGAAGACAGAGUUUUCAGGAGGCAGGUACUGAAAAAUUCACAUUGCUUUUUUGUGCUUCACGUUUAGGAGGCAGGUACUGAGGAUUGAAACUCACAUUGCUUUUUUGUGCUUGUUCACGCUUAGUUUAAGUUUAAUACAGGAGACUCAGUAGACCUCCAACUUCUUGCUACGUAUUUCUCACAGCUGCAACUUACUACAACUGCCAACAAGAACGCAAAGAAAUGCUAAACCUAGCAAGCACACUCCAAUUCCUGCCUUCACACGCCACCAGAUCGCCGUUCUCUACUGGCGUUUUUAUUCCACGUUACUGGUCCUUGUUUUCGUAGUCAAUUCGACAUUGCCCGAUUACUUCCACAUGUACGCGGUUUUGUCGCAGCUGUACUGGCUUCCCCAGAUCAUCGCUAAUGUGCAACACGGUUACCGCUAUCCUUUGAAAUGGAAAUUUGUGCGGGGAGUGAGCGUCUUGCGGCUGAUUCCGAUCUUGUAUGCGUAUGGAUGUCCGUACUCCUACUGCUUAGUAUUUGCAGAGCUUCAGAUGUCUUUGGUUUUUCCACUACUGUGAUGACUGCAAGUAUGACAUCACACUCUUCUACCUGCAAAAAAUCCUCAUUCACCAGUAUUCUACUGAGAAGUACUCAUGAAUGCUUGAGGCAUGAACAACGGCCUCUUUCCUGAUCCAGGUACAACCUCUACACUGGCGAAGUUCUUCCAAGACUCUCUGGCGAUCUCUCCGACGCCCAUGACAAACCGAUCGAUUGGUGUGACGAUUUAGACCGUGCUGAGCUACCCGAAAUCCAGGGAACUUGGAACCCUCUGUUGACGCUGUUGAUCUUACGAUCCCUUGUGUUAUUUAUUCAUUUUUUAAGAAGGCUGUCCUUCUGUUGAUCUUACGAUCCCUUGCCCUUGUGUUAUUUAUUCAUUUUUUAAGAAGGCUGUCCUUCUGUUGAUCUUACGAUCCCUUGCCCUUGUGUUAAUAUUUAUUCAUUUUUCAAGAAGGCUGUCCUUCUGUUGAUCUUGCGAUGCCUUGCCCUUGUGUUAUUUAUUCAUUUUUUAAGAAGGCUGUCCUUCUGUUGAUCUUACGAUGCCUUGCCCUUGUGUUGAAGUUUCAUGUUUACACACGCCAGCAAUCGACAAGCAAAAAGACGAUAUUAGUUUUAUACGUUAUUAUUUAUUUUAAGAAGGCUGGGCUAUCGUCCUUGGCAGUCUGGAUCUGCUCCAGGUCCAGAUAGAAGGGAGGCCAGAAAGCGAAGUCCUCCUUGAGAGGGAUCAUGCCCAUGAAAUAAGACCUUCACGAGUUGUCCACCUUCUCUAAGAAUCCUGUUCGUCAAUCUAG